AUGGUCGCCAGAGACCGGGUUUCGCCGAUGAAUAUCAACUCUGUGACUCCGGAGACUAUAUCACAGAUGUUUCAAAGCAUGGAGGCGAGGCUCGCAGAUCUGCAGCAACAGGUGCAGUCAUUGCAAUUACAAUUGCGCCAGGAGCGCUCAGAGAGGCAUGCAUUCCAACAAAGAGUUGGGAAGAAAGUUCGAAGUGUUCUCACUAACUUGUUUGAGGAUGAUGUUAGUGCCUCAGAAGACCUUCCAUUGGAAGAAGAUCAUAUGAACGAUUUCGAUGAGGUGCGUGCAAUUCUGGAUGCUGCGGACAACCGGUCUCGCUCAAAUCCUCGGCUACCAAACCAAACUCCGAACGCUACUCCUUCUGAGCAAGAUACGUCCCCAGAAGAUAUGCUUAGCUCUUUUGUUGGGGGUCAACGAAGCGGCAUAGUAACGCUUGCCGAAUUGGCAGAAAAUGCCAAUUCACAAGUAGAUUCCUCGCAUCAAACAGCUACGCUACCUUCCCUCGUUUUGAAGGACAUUGACCAAAAUAGUAGUCACAAUGAGGAUAUAGCUACUCUUAUCAAUGAUGCGAUGGCCCAAAACAUUAGAAAGCGCACUUUAUCUAACGAAUUCCUACUUUCGCAGCCCCAGAGGAGCAAAACGCGCAACAUUUCAGGCAUCGACCCCUCUAUGUCUUUAACUCCUAUAAGUCAUCCAAGAAAUAUACCGAUAAUACCUCUACGCUUGAACACACCCGCUAGUUUAAGUAAUGCUCCACCUACUCCUUCGGGCCAAUUAAGUGAAUCUGAUAUACUAGAAAAGUGGGGCGUACGAUUUUCGGAGAAGUAUAAUAAUAUAUGGGAGAUGUGGAACGAAUAUCAGAAAGUUGGUGAGAAAGGAGUCUCUAUCAAGUCCUUGGAGCUUUCUUUCUCAAACAGGUGGAGAACCAAUUUACGGAAAAACGUGAAGAAAAAAUAUAGCAGGCGUUUCAUUGUUAUUAGAGCUAUAGAGACCGGAAUCAAAAGAGGUAAGACUGUUGAAGAGUGUAUCGAAUUCUUGGAGAAUUUUUUGAAAAGUAAUAGUAAGCCAAUAUCGCAUCUCUACAGAAAGGCCAACGUUCCUCAAGAACUAACGUAA